AUGGUGAUAUUGGUGGCAGUGAAGGAGGAGGAGGAGGAGGAGGAGGUGAAGGCAACAGUCCUAAGGCACUGCUGCCAUGUCACGCAAAAAGAGGCGCGGGCGUAUGUGCGUGAGCGCGUCUGCUUCCGUUGUGUGGUGCAACGCGGCGCUGCUCCUCAUUAUACUCCUUCCCUCCGUUCCUCUUUUACCCUCCCCCUCCCCCUUACACAGGGACGAGAACAAUAG